AUGAAAGACGUCACAGUUCGAGAAAUUUUACAACAACUGAUUACCCAUCUACGAGAGGUCAGUGACAUGAUGAAGGCGGUUCAAAUAACAAUUGAAGGAGUUAAAAUCCAUGACGAUUUUAACAGCAAUCUCUCUAUAGAAGAAAAUAGUAGCAAUUACAAAAUCAUAAAAGACCUUCUUGAAGAUGCAAAUACCGAAAACCUAUCCAUGCAAGACAAUACAUCAUUUAUGUUGGGGUCAAUUCACAAACGAAUUGGCAAAUACAAGCAGUUGAUGAAGAAGUUCACAGAUGUCUAA